AUGGAGUGUCUCGAAAGAGCUCACCUGGUGAAUGACAAAGCCACCGAGAUGUACGCCUUCACCCCAGACAGGGUGGGCCUCCAGCAGAAACCCGUGACUAGAGGCCGAUGCUCCGGAGAGAAGCCGGAGGAGCCGGAGUCAGGGGCCAUCUAUCACUGUCACGGCAAUGCCACGGCCACAGGGAACAGGGCGAGCGAGCAAGUCCACGCCAAGUGGAAACUCUGCGCUGCUUCGGGAAUAUGCUUCGUUUUCAUGAUUGCAGAGGUCGUGGGUGGCCGCGUUGCGGGGAGCCUUGCUGUGGUCACAGACGCUGCCCACCUCCUCAUCGACCUGACCAGUUUCCUGCUCAGCCUCUUCUCCCUAUGGCUGUCCGCGAAGCCUCCCUCCAAGCGCCUGACCUUUGGGUGGCACCGAGCAGAAAUCCUUGGAGCCCUGCUGUCCAUCCUGUGUGUCUGGGCCGUGACUGGGGUGCUGGUGUACCUCGCGUGUGAGCGCCUGCUGUACCCCGAUUACCAGAUCCAGGCGACUGUGAUGAUCACCGUUUCAGGCUGCGCAGUGGCAGCCAACAUUGUAAUAAGUGUGAUUUUGCACGAGAGGCGCCCUGGCCACAAUCACAGGGAAGUGCAGGCUAACGCCAGUGUCAGAGCAGCUUUUGUGCACGCCCUUGGAGAUCUAUUUCAGAGCAUCAGUGUGUUAACCAGUGCACUUAUUAUCUACUUUAAGCCAGACUAUAAAAUGGCCGAUCCGAUCUGCACGUUUGUCUUUUCUGUCCUGGUUUUGGCCAGCACCGUCACUGUCUUAAAGGACUUCUCCAUCUUACUCUUGGAAGGUGUGCCAAAGAACCUCAGCUACAACGCCGUGAAAGAGCUCAUCUUAGCCGUGGACGGCGUGGUGUCUGUGCACAGCUUGCACAUCUGGUCUCUAACAACAAACCAGGUGAUUCUCUCGGCUCAUGUUGCUGCAGCGGCCAGCAGGAACAGCCAGGGCGUUCAGAGAGAGAUUGCCGAAGCCCUCAGCAAGAGCUUCCCUGUGCACUCACUCACCAUUCAGAUGGAAUCGCCAGCCGACCAGGACCCCGACUGCCUUUUCUGCGAAGACCCCCAAGACUAG